CUGCACUACGGGAUCAUCAUGGGCAGCAGAGCUUGUAUCCAAAUGGCAGCAGCUGCCUGGGCCAGUGGUUUUCUCUAUGCUCUCCUACAUACUGCUAACACAUUUUCAAUACCACUCUGCCAAGGCAACACAGUGGACCAGUUCUUCUGUGAAAUCCCCCAGAUCCUCAAGCUCUCCUGCUCAGACGCCUACCUCAGGGAACUUGGGCUUAUUGUGGUUAGUGCCUGUUUAUUCUUUGGAUGUUUCGUUUUCAUUGUGCUGUCCUACGUGCAGAUCUUCACUGCUGUGCUGAGGAUCCCCUCUGAGCAGGGCCGGCACAAAGCCUUUUCCAUGUGCCUCCCGCACCUGGCCGUGGUCUCCCUGUUUGUCAGCACUGGCACGUUUGCCUGCCUGAAGCCCCCCUCCAUCUCCUCGCCAGCUCUGGAUCUGGUGGUGGCUGUUCUGUACUCGGUGGUGCCUCCAGCAGUGAACCCCCUCAUCUACAGCAUGAGGAACAAGGAGCUCAAGGAGGCAGUGAAGAAAUUGAUCCAACGGGUACAAGGUCAGCACCAGUAG